AGGUCCAACAUGGUACCAGACAGGUCCAGCGUGGUUCCAGCGUGGACAGGUCCAACAUGGUACCAGACAGGUCCAGCAUGGUCCAGCGUGGACAGGUCCAGCAUGGUACCAGACAGGUCCAGCAUGGUCCAGCGUGGACAGGUCCAACAUGGUACCAGACAGGUCCAGCGUGGUUCCAGCGUGGACAGGUCCAACAUGGUACCAGACAGGUCCAGCGUGGUUCCAGCGUGGACAGGUCCAACAUGGUACCAGACAGGUCCAGCAUGGUCCAGCGUGGACAGGUCCAGCAUGGUACCAGACUGGUCCAGCGUGGACAGGUCCAGUGUGGUCCAGCGUGGUACCAGACUGGUCCAGCGUGGACAGGUCCAGCAUGGUACCAGACUGGUCCAGCGUGGUCAGGUCCAGCAUGGUACCAGACUGGUCCAGCGUGGACAGGUCCAGCGUGGUCCAGCGUGGUCAGGUCCAGCGUGGUCAGGUCCAGCAUGGUCCAGUGUGGUCAGGUCCAACAUGGUACCAGACAGGUCCAACAUGGUACCAGACUGGUCCAGCGUGGACAGGUCCAGCGUGGACAGGUCCAACAUGGUACCAGACAGGUCCAGACAGGUCCUGGGCUGCUUGUGUCCUGCAGCUGUUGGGGAGUUGCAUCAUGAGCUCCCAGAUCUACUGCUGCCGUCACUCUGGGUGACUAUCGGUGUAGAAGGUGCUGGAGGACAGACAGAACUGGUUGUUAAGAAUGCCUUCAGGUCUGUUCAUGAACGCAGUGAAGAGUUAAUAAUGGCUCAGGUGUGUCAGGACGUACUUUCUGCGGCAGCUGAAGUUCAGCCUGCCAAAGUCAGUGAUGGCACAGCUCUACUCCGCCAUCAUUGAGUCCGUUGUCACCUCCUCCAUCUCCACCUGCCGCAGUGUUGGGCGAGCUUGUCGGGAAUGUGGUGAACUGAGCUACUAGCUACUCUACGUUAACCGAAGCUUCACUACACAGAAGCUAUGUAUUUAUUUUUAUUUAUCUUGUGUACUGUGAGCACCACUUUAUACCAAGGCAAAUUCCUGGUGUGUGAAAAUAAACCGGAUUCUGAUUAUGUC